AUGGUAGCUUGUUGUGAUUCGAAGAGUUAUGUGGAACAACUUGCUACAGUUGAGGGCUGGGCACUAAGGAAAGCUAUGGAGUUAUGCGAGGAUCUAAGGCUUAACAAAGUGAUAAUGGAGAGAGAUGCUCAGGUUGUUGUCAAUGCAGUGAAUAGCCAGAUUGAAGACUUAUUUUAUUUUGGUAGCAUUAUUGAAGACUUGAAGGUUCAGUUGAAUGAGUGGCCUAACUGGUCAGUGAAGUAUGCAAAUAGAAAUACAAAUACAGUAGUACAUAUUCUUGCUAAAGAAGCAUUACAUAUAAGAAUAGAAAAUAUAUGGAUAGAAGAUAUACCAGAUUUCACUGUUCUACAAAAAGUGUCAAAGAGACAACGAAUUUUCCGCGCUGGUGUUGAUAUCGAUGAAUUGGUUUCGUCUCAUGAAGUAUGUGUUCCUCCUGGUGUUAAUGUCUAUAUAGUUGAUUCAGAGGCAACUUCAUCAUUAAACAAUGUGGCGAAUCGUUCUGAUUGUCCGAGUGAUUCUAUGGAUUUCCUGACACGUCAAUCAGGAAACACAAACAUAGAUGAAACGACCGUCUCUAAUCAGUUUUUGAUUCAACAGGCUCCAUGUGUUGUUCGGGAAGAGUCAAGUUUUGAAACAAGUAUACCAUCAUCUCGUAGGGGUAGGGGACAUCGUCGCUUUGUUGGACGUAGACAACUAUUGCAAGUUGUGCCAUCUGAAUCAUAUUCCUUGCCGUAUGUGCCUUGUUGCAGACAUUGUAAAGCAAAACGAUUCUAUCAUGAAACAAAUGGAUUUUGCUGUGCAGAUGGGACAAUUUCUUUGGCCACAAAUGAUGUCCCUGAUCAGCUUUAUGAUCUUUUUACCUCCGAUGCAAAUGAAGCGGCGCAUUUUAAGACCUAUGUUCGGACUUAUAAUAACAAGUUCGCGUUUACAUCUUUUGGAGUUAAAUUCGAUAGAGAUCUUUGCAGACGAAAUAAAGGGAUUUAUACCUUCCGAACUCAGGGACAGAUCUAUCACUAUAUCGAUGAUUUAGUCCCUUUAAAUGGUCGUCCUUCUUCUCUCCAAUUGUAUUUCUAUGAUACUGAGCACGAAUUAGAAAAUCGUAUUUCUGAUUCAGACAGAAUGAACCCAUCAAUUAUAGCUCAACUCAUCGAUAUUCUUCGCAUAAAUCCAUAUUCUGUGUUUUUCCGAUCUCUUGGUGAUUUGCCAAAUUUGGAAAAUCAAGUAAUCCAUAUAAGAUCAUAUGCUGGCCUAGAUCAGCGUGUGUUCAAUGCCCCGACAUCUUCACAAGUUGCAGCGAUAUGGGUUGAAAAUGAAGAUGCAGAUCAGUUGGGAGGACGGGACAUUUGUGUCUUUGGUCAUUCUGGUGGAAGUCAUAUAGUUCAGUAUUAUUUUGGCUGCUAUGAUCCACUUCAGUAUCCGCUAUUAUUUCCUUUUGGGGAUACUGGUUGGCACCAAGGCAUUAAAAGGAUCAAUAGAGGAAGCACAUCUGGUCGUCUAUUGCAACAAUUCGUUGUUGAUAUGUAUGUUAAGAUCGAGACAUCAAGAUUAGACUAUUUCCGUAGCAAACAACAACAUAUUCGAUCUGAGUUAUAUCAAGGUAUUGUUGAUACCAUUACACUAGGGGAAACUAACGCUUCUAAUGUUGGAAAACGGAUUAUUCUGCCUUCGUCAUUUAUUGGGGGUCCAAGAGACAUGCGAAAAAGAUAUAUGGAAGCAAUGGCUUUAGUUCAGCGUUAUGGUAAACCAGACAUUUUUUUAACAAUGACAUGCAAUCCAAAUUGGCAAGAAAUUUCAAAUGAAUUACGCCUACAUGAGGAGAGUCAAAAUCGGCCUGAUUUAGUUGCUCGGGUCUUUCGUGCGAAAUUAGAAGAAUUAAAGGAUCGAUUAUUCAAGCAACAGAUAUUUGGAAAAGUUUCAGCAUAUGUUUAUGUUAUUGAGCACCAAAAAAGAGGCCUUCCACAUGCUCAUUUUCUAAUUAUAUUACAAAGAGAUUGGAAACUCUAUGCGCCUGAAUCUUUUGAUGAGAUUGUAUCGGCAGAGAUACCUGAUAAAAAUACGAAUUUGCACUUGCAUAACGCCGUUGUCAAGCAUAUGAUGCAUGGACCAUGUGGAGUGUUGAAUCCAACAAAUAUUUGCAUGAAAAAAAAUGGUUAUUGCAAAAGCCAUUAUCCAAAAAAUUUUGCAUCAAGUACGACUGUUGGAAAUGAUUGCUUCCCAAUAUAUAGGCGUUCUGACAAUGGAAUAACUGUCAAAGUGAGAGGUCAUAAUUUGGAUAACCGUUGGGUCGUUCCAUAUAAUCCGUAUUUGCUUGCAACAUUUGACUGUCACAUUAACGUCGAGAUUUGUUCUACUAUAACAGCAGUCAAAUAUCUUUAUAAGUACAUUUACAAAGGGCAUGAUCGUGUUGCUUUCAAUUUGGUUUCUGAACAAAAUAAUCAACAAAUUGAUGAAAUCCAACAAUUCCAAUCAGCCCGAUGGAUUGCUCCGCCUGAAGCUAUGUGGAGAAUAUAUGGCUUUGUUGUUAAUGAAAUGUACCCAGCAGUGUAUAGCUUACAUUUACAUCUUGAGGAUCAACACCAAGUAACUUUUCGAGCAAAUGAAAACUUAAUCAAUGUUCUCAACUCUGAUCGGUCUGCAAAAUCGAUGUUAACAGAAUUCUUUGCAUUAAAUCGAGUGGAUGAGAAUGCCAGGACUUUGUUGUACAAAGAAUUUCCAGAAUUCUAUGUUUGGAGCCAGCAAUACAAAGAGUGGACUUGUCGAAAAAAGAAAACUGUUAUAGGUCGAAUUAUUACAGCAAAUCCAUUUGAAGGUGAGAGGUAUUAUCUGCGGAUAUUGCUAAAUCAUGUAAGAGGACCUUUGUCAUUUGAAGAUCUUAGGACAGUUGAUGGUGUUGUGGCUCCAACUUUUCGUGAGGCAGCAACUAUGCAUGGUUUGCUACAGAGAGACAGUGGUUUAGAAGAUUGCUUACAUGAAGCAUCUCUAUAUCAAAUGCCGUCCAGUUUGAGGUGGCUAUUUGCAACUAUAUUGGUUUAUUGUAAUCCAACCAAUCCGAGAGAGCUUUGGGAACGUUUUGAGCAAGAUAUGUCAAUUGAUUUUAGGUCAACUGAAGAUUCUAUGUUGACUGUAAGAAUGCAAGUUUUGCGCUCAAUCUCUUUUACACUUGAAUCAAUGGGGAAACACAUUAAUUCAUUUCAUCUUCUUGAUGACGACAUUUGUUUUGAUGAAGACCAAUUCGAAUCUAGGGAAAUCGAUGAUGAAUUGGCUGUUGAAAUUCCAGAAGAAGAUACUGCUGCAUCAGAAAUCCUUAAUAGUGAACAGCGACAUGUCUAUAAUUCAAUUUUGGAAAAUGUUUUUUCAAACAAAACUGCUACAUUCUUUGUUGAUGGCCCUGGUGGGACAGGGAAGACAUUCCUGUACAAGGCACUUCUCGCUGCAGUAAGAUCAAGAAAAUUAGUGGCACUUGCAACUGCUUCAUCUGGUGUUGCUGCAUCUAUCCUUCCUGGAGGUCGAACAGCACACUCGCGCUUUAAGAUUCCAUUAGAUACUGAUGAACAUAGCAUGUGUUGUGUCAGUAAACAAAGUGCCAUUGCAAAGCUACUACGUGUAGCAAGGUUAAUUAUAUGGGAUGAGGCCCCUAUGUCAAGAAAACAACACAUCGAAGCUUUAGAUAAAAUGUUACGAGACAUUAAUGAUUCAGAGUUAACAUUCGGUGGAAAAGUUAUCGUUUUUGGUGGAGAUUUUCGCCAGGUUUUACCUGUGGUUCGUAAAGGAACAAGACAAGAACAUGUUGACGCCAGUUUGGUUUCAUCUUAUUUGUGGCCUACAUUGAUCAAACUUCGUUUAACUGAAAAUAUGAGAGCAAGAUUGGAUCCAGUUUUUUCAGAAUAUGUGUUAGAAUUAGGCAACGGAAUGCCACCAAUCACAAUUGACGAAACUGUAAAAAUUCCUAAUGGCAUGCUUGUUCCCUAUGAAGAUGACUGUACUUCUUUGGAUCAUUUAAUAGAUGUUGUUUUCCAAGAUAUUCAUGAAUAUUCAAUAAAUAUUUCAGCUAUGAUGAAUCGGGCCAUAUUAACACCAAAGAACAGUUAUGUUGAUGAAAUAAAUACAUUACUGAUUCAUAGGUUUCCUGGUGAGCUUAGGCGAUAUUAUAGCUUUGAUGAAGCAAUAGAUGCAUCUGAACAAUCAGUUAUGGAGGAUUUUUUAAAUACUCUAACCCCAAAUGGACUUCCUCCUCAUGAAUUGUUACUAAAGAUAAACUGUCCCAUCAUGUUGCUUAGAAACAUUAACCCUUCAGAAGGACUAUGCAACGGAACACGUCUAAUUUGUCGGGCUUUUGAUCGAAAUGUAAUUGAUGCAGAAAUCGCAGUUGGGCACCAUAGCGGAAAAAGAGUCUUUAUUCCAAGGAUCCCAUUCUUGCCAAAUCUUGAUGAAAAUAGUGUUUUAAAGAUGCGGACGGUUUAUACAUCGAUGAAAGAUAUCACUCCAAGUACAAGGAAUUGGAAAAUCAAAAUGAUCGUGGCAGACAAGUCACCCAAACGAACAGGCCAACGCUCACCAGUGAAGUACCAAAGCCUAACAUUGAUUGAUCCAGAGGGAAAUCGAGUGCAAGCAACAAUGUUUGAUAAAGAUAUAGACUCGCGAGAUGAUACUUUACAUAUUUUCCGGUCAUACUACAUCAGUAAUGCAUAUGUAAGGCCACUGGAUCCGAAGUAUAGAAUUGAAACACAUGAAUAUCAAUGGAUCUUAAAUUCCAAAACGAUAAUUGAGGAAGUUCCAAAGGAUGAAGAACAAUUGGAGGUACCAAAGUACCAACUCAUUCCGUUCAAUGAAUUAGACGCUUACAAAGACUCAAUUGCAGAAAUAGAUGUUUUAGCUGUUGCAAUCAAUAUCAAGCCAUGUAGAGAGAUAACUUCAGUACAUGGACCAACAACUAUUCAGGAAAUAUAUGUCAUUGAUCAAAGCUUAAACCCCAUAUGUUUAACUAUGUGGGGUCAAUUUGUGCAAGAUGAAUGCAAAAAAAUAUCAGAAAUAAUUGGGACAAAGCCAGUUAUACUUGGAACAAGAAUAAGAGUUGGUUCUUAUAAUGGAUUGUCUCUUUCAUCACGUCCGAAAAGUAAAUUUAUGAUCAAUCCUGUUCUUCCUGAGGCAACUUCAUUGCAAGAGUGUUGUCGAGCAUAUGUUCAACUCGACGAUGGUACAGGAAAACUAUCUGCUGUUAUGUUUGGUGAAGUUGUAGAGGAAGCAUUCGGUUGUUCGGCAGUUGAGCUAAUGAAUCAUACUGGUGAUGAACAUUUGCCUUAUAUAGAAAAUCUUGUAGCACAAGUUUCACAGAAAGAGUGGAUGAUUGAACUUUUAGUAGAUCCCAAUCGACUCAACCAACAACAGCACAAGAAUUUCAAUGUCAUUUCUAUUGAUGCAGUACAAGAAGACACAAAAUGA